AUGAGUGACAAUUCAUCUGCAUCCGAUUCGGAGCUGGAACGCAUUUUUCACGACGUACCGAUUCUCCCCUUUGACCCCAACGUCCACGACCUGGAUGCCGAUUUUCGUUUAACACGUUUUGGCGACCUGACCGAGCGUAGCAAAAAGACGCCCAAGGAACUGCUCACCAAACUGAUGAUGAACAUCGCACCUCGCGAGGAGGUGGAAGCUGGAGGUGAGGAAGUGGAGCCGGUGCCGGCCUCGCAACAGCAGCAGCAACCGCUGGUGUCCGGAUUCGACAUCAGUAACCAUGGCUCUGACGUUACACUAAAAAAUCCUUUGCUGAACGACUUACAUUUGGUGAAGACCACCGACUUUGUCUACCCGCUCAUUGACGAUCCCUACUUAAUGGGCAAGAUAGCGUGCGCCAAUGUGCUCGGCGAUCUGUACGCCAAGGGCGUUGUGGCCUGCGACAAUAUGCUGAUGCUGCUGGCCGUGAGCACUCUCAUGUCGGAGAAGGAGCGCGAUACCAUAGUCCCCAUGAUGAUGCGAGGCUUUAAGGACUGCGCAGUAAAGGCCGGCGCCCAUGUUACUGGCGGCCAGAGCGUGGUCAAUCGCUGGUGCAUCAUUGGCGGCGUGGCCACGUCCGUCUGCGAGAAUAUCGAGAUCAUUGGGCCGGGCAACGCUGUUCCGGGCGAUGUCCUGCUGCUGACCAAGCCCCUGGGCACACACGUGGCUCUGAACGUUCACAAGUGGAUGGUUAGUGAGGACAGGAAGUGGAAGCACCUGAAGAACUCCUACGCCAAGGAGGAUAUCGCCAGGGCCCAUGACAUAGCUGUGAGAUCCAUGUGUCGCCUCAAUCGCACCGCCGCUCAACUGAUGCACAAGUAUGGCGCCCAUGGGGCCACCGUCAUAGCUGAAUACGGUCUCGUGGGUGAUGCCGAGGCCCUGGCUGCUCGCCAACAGAUGGAGGUUUCCUUUUCCAUCUACAACAUGCCAGUGAUCGAAAAGAUGGCAUCAGUAGCUUCAAGCUGCCGCGAUGUCUUCCAACUAAUGCGUGGACGGGCCCCCGAGCAUUCCGGCGGUCUUCUGAUCUGCUUGCCCCGUGAGGAGGCCACCGCAUUCUGCAAGGAAGUCAUUGAACUGGAGGGUCCCAGUGCUCGUGCCUAUAUCAUUGGCAUUGUGGAGAAGGGGGACCGGACUGUCAAUUUAAUCAAGCCACGCGUCAUCGAUGCUAAAAUAUAAUUC